AUGGCCUCAGGAACAGAUUUGACCAGCAGUUCGCAGCCUGUGAGCAAGGUUGUUCAUGCCGAGGUCCACGAUACCGACAAUGCAGACACCGAUCCCUCGCGUGAUGUCUCUCGGAAGCGACAGAGCUUGUCGGAUUUGCUCACUAUUUUCGCAAGUGGCUUUGCCUUGAUCAGUGAUGGAUACCAGAACAACCUGAUGACCAUGACCAAUGUGCUUCUCAAGAAGGAAUAUCCCAAGGAGUACACCUCCGUGGUUAGCACCCGUGUAUCUAACGCUCUGCUCGUUGGUGAAGUUAUCGGACAGAUCAUCAUCGGACUGACUUGCGACUACCUGGGCCGCAAAACGGCUAUCAUAUUCACCACGGUCAUGAUCGUCAUUGGAGGUGUCCUCGCUACUGCAUCCCAUGGAGUGACCAUCGACGGCAUGUUCUGGAUGAUGACCGUGGCUCGAGGCGUCGUCGGAUUCGGUGCUGGUGGCGAGUACCCGGCAUCGUCAACUUCAGCCUCCGAGUCAGCCAAUGAAUUGACGCCCAAGCACCGAGGCCCGGCAUUCAUCAUGGUGACCAACUUCCCCCUGUCUUUCGGUGGACCAUUCGCAGUUUCCAUUUUUUUGAUCGUCCUGAUGGCAUGUCACGAGUCGCACUACAGCACCGUGUGGCGUGUGUGCUUCGGCAUCGGCUGUAUCUGGCCACUGUCCGUUUUCUACUUCCGGAUCCGCAUGCUGAACUCCACCCUCUAUCGCCGUGGAGCCAUCAAGAAACACGUGCCGUAUCUCCUGGUCAUUCGGUACUACUGGAAGACGCUUAUCGGGACGUGCGGAGCCUGGUUCCUCUACGACUUCGUCACUUUUCCAAACGGUGUAUUCUCCGGCACUAUCAUCUCCAGCGUUGUGACAAACGGUACAGUCCGCCAAACCGGCGAAUGGCAGCUUCUACUAGGAGCAAUUGCCUUGCCAGGGGUCUUCCUCGGCGCCCUCCUUUGCAACAAAGUCGGCCGUAAGAAUGUGAUGAUGAUCGGUUUCAGCGGCUACCUGAUCUUCGGCCUGAUCAUCGGAUGCGCAUAUGACAAGAUCACCAAAAUAAUCCCGCUCUUCGUGAUCUUCUACGGCCUCAUGCAAAGCUCCGGUAACUUCGGACCGGGCAACAUGCUUGGUCUGCUCUCGUCGGAGUCAUAUGCCACUGGUGUUCGUGGUACUUGCUACGGACUGUCAGCUGCGAUCGGUAAAGCGGGUGCUGCAGUGGGAACGCAGGCGUUCCAGCCAAUCCAGAAUAAUCUCGGCAAGAAGUGGACCUUUAUCAUUGCUGCGAUCUGCGGCGUUGUCGGGGUCAUGGUGACUUAUUUUUUCGUGCCGAAUAUCUCUGGUGAGGACCUGCGCAUUCGCGAUGAGAAGUUCCGCGCCUAUCUGGUGGAAAAUGGCUGGGAUGAAGCUAUGGGAGAAGAUGAUUUGCAAGCCUUUGCUGAAGAUGGGGUUAUAACUGAUGAUAGUGAGAAGGCUAAGGGUGGUUGA